AUGCAGGCAAAACUCAUCCGGGCACUUAUCAGCGCGCUGCUGGUAGGAACAUCCGGGUUCCUUAUAGGAUUUAUAUACACGGUUGAGCAACCAAUUGCAGCUACUCCAGGAUCUUUCAAGUUAACGACUACUGUUCCUUUGUCGUCAUUGAUGACGUCAAAUAGUACUCCAUCUUCAGUGUCAUCACUUAAUUUAUCUUCGUCUGUCAGGAAUGCUACUGAGGAAAUCUACGAGACUUUUUUAGAGUAUGACCCCAAAAACUUCUCAUAUCCAGCACAUUUUGAUUUGAAACAAGCUGUAGACGAUUUUAUUGUUAAAAAUACUAAAAUUCCGGAAAUACACCAGAAGAUUCAUUUACAUAACUUCAAGUAUCUACAUUCCCCAAAGUCAUGUGUAUUUCCAAGUGACGAGAAUAAAAACAAAAAUAUCAUAAUGAUAAUAAAAUCUUUUGCGGGUAAUUUUGAUUUAAGAAAAACACAAAGAAUUUUAUUCCAGAACAAAACUAAAUCGUUUUCUCAUGUUAAGCAAAUGUUUAUUCUCGGUUAUAACGCUACCUAUCAGGAAUUUGUCGACGUUGAGAGCAAGAAGUUUAGAGACAUUAUACAAGAAGACUUCACAGAUACCUACCUCAAUAAUACGUUGAAAACCGUGAUGGCCUACAACUGGGUGGACCGCUACUGUAGAAACGCCUCCAUUUUGUUUUUCGUGGACGAUGACUACUAUGUACAAUAUGAUAAUGUGUUUUUACAUAUACGAAAAGUGUUUCAGCAUAAAAAUAGAAAUUUAUUUGCCGGGACAUUAGCCAGCAAAGCUGUGCCAUAUCGACGUCACGAAACUGUGUGGUCCUUGACAUUUAGCCAGUACCCGUAUGACCAUUUCCCGCCUUAUGUAGGGGGCGGGGCAUACAUCGUGUCCCAUGAUGUAGCACGCAGAUUUGCUGCCGCUUUUCCGUAUGUGCAAUUUUUAGAAAUAGAUGACGCUUAUCUGGGUAUAGUGGCGAAAAAGCUGAACAUACAACCAUCUUAUGAUCCAAACUUCGACACGACCAAACGGAAUGCUUUGGCUAGGGAGUGUUCACACAGCGCUGCAGAAUUGGUCAAACAUAUCUGUCCUAUUGCUAAACGUAAAAGUGAAUAUCUCACUGGGAGAACAAUCAGACGUCCCCACAAACCAGUUACCUGGCUUGCCAUAACUCCUAUAGUUAUUAUGCUCAAUAUGUUUUUCAUGAUAGCCAUUUGGUGUUCAAACUAA